AUGGGCACCACUACCAAGCUGAUCAGAGACGAGACAGGUAAAAAAGUUGAUGCAACACUGUAUAGAAGUAUGAUAGGGAGUUUACCUUACAUUACUGCAAGUCGUCCUGAUAUUUGUUUUAGUGUUGGAGUUUGUGCUAGAUAUCAAUCUGCCCUUACUGAAUUCCAUCUUACUGUUGUGAAAAGAAUUCUAAAAUACCUGGCUAGUACCACUGACUUUGGUUUUUGGGACUCUUGUGAUACUAAUCUUUCCUUGGUUGGUUUUAGUGACUCUGAUUGGGAAGGUAAUCUUGAUGAUAGAAAAAGCACUUCAGAUGGCUGUUUUUAUGUGGGGGAACAACCUGGUUUCUUGGCACAGUAA